AACUGUAAAAGUGACAGCAAAAUCAGGAAAUAGGCGGAGAUGCAAGAAUGAAACAUGACGGAGAAAGUUCGGUGACAGAAUCCAAUAUAACAACUCAGGAGACAGCAGACAUGACACUGAUGUCGGUUGCAGCGCGGGCAGCAUUUUAUCCAAGUUUACUCUAUAACGUCCUCAUGAAACACGUAACCCAUCGGAAGUGGUACAAUAGGAUUGAUGAGACCGUGAUCCUUGGUGCUUUGCCCUUCCGGGGAAUGAGCCCUAGUUUGCUUAAUGAAGAGAAUGUUCGUGGAGUCAUAACGAUGAAUGAGGAAUAUGAAACCAGACUACUGUGUCACUCUGCUGAGGAGUGGCGAGCCUUGGGUGUUGAACAGCUGCGUCUUAGUACUGUAGAUUACAUGGGAGUUCCCAGCUUGGAAAAUUUAAAGAAAGGAGCGGAAUUUGUUCACAAGCAUCAGCAAAUGGGUAAUAGCGUUUAUAUUCACUGCAAGGCAGGGCGCUCCCGCAGUGCCACCAUGGUAGCCGCCUAUUUAAUACAGAGACACAAGUGGAAACCGAAUUAUGCUACAGAUUACAUUGCAGGCAUCCGGCCACACAUUCUAAUCAGACCGAAACAGUUCCUUGUUCUUGAAGAGUUCUACUCAUCAGUUACUGGCUCUGGCGCCCCAGAAGGGGGAGGAUGAAUGCAAAGAUACAUGUUCAUAUUGUCACCCAUCCGUUGCAAGUUUCAUAAGAAUAUGAGGUUUUUGUAUCUUGAUGAAUUGGCUCAGGUUAUUGGCAUGGACAGCAAGAUAUUUUUGGGCAUUUGUCUCUACAUUUUUCCUAUCUCUAGUUAAUGUUUGGGCAUUGACUGCUGUACACUUCUCAUUGAGACUUAACAAGUCUCCCUUUGUCAUUUGUUGUUUUUAACCGACUCAUCCAGUCAUUGUUCAUAAUAAAAACUGAUACCUAAGAAAAAAAAA